UUGACAAAGGUGGGCUAGCCACAGAAGGAGAGCUGUACUGCGAGCUUAGUGUAAGGACUUCACACUGCACUCGAGCCUGCAGGAGAGAGGAGAAGGUUUCCUUUACACUUUCCCAGUCCAGGUUGAGGUUUGUAGAGAACCACUGUUCCUCACCCCAGAGUAUGUGAAAAGGCUCACGGACAUAGCAUAAAGUUUCUGCUGGAAAUUUGGAACAUGAGAGAUGACUUCCACACAAGAUUCAGAUGAUGACAGAGCCUUUAAAGAUUUAAAUGUUGUUGGAAUGCUGCAUCAGUUUUGGGAGCAAAAACAGGUGAACAGCAGCACAACAGAGACAGAGAACCUAGUAGUUUAUGAAUCCAUUAGUUCACCAGGACCUCCAUUUAUCUGCUAUGUCACCCUACCAGGAGGGAGCUGUUUUGGCAACUACAAGUAUUGCUACACAAAGGCAGAAGCCAGGCGUGAUGCAGCUCGUAUUGCUCUGAUGAACUCAACAUUCAACGAUUUGCCCUGUCGACGUAUCACUCCGGAGUUCAUCACACGCAGCAUAGAAGAGGCUGUCACCACCACCAGCGGCUCCUUUGGGGGGCAGGGGUCACAUGAGCAGGGCAACAUGGAGGAUGUCUCAGACCCGAGCACCAGUUUAGGAGCUUAUUAUCUCAUGCUGAAAUCCAAUACAGGAAAAACCAUGCUGGAAUUUCAGGAAUUAAUGACAGUGUUUCAGCUGUUACACUGGAAUGGGACACUGAAGGCUUUCAGGGAGAGGAGAUGUAGUCGUCAGGAGGUGAUCAGCUACUAUUCUGAGAAACGCCUGGACGAGUGUCUGCGCAGUCACAUGACUCUGGACUGGCUGCAGAGGGAGAGGAAGAGGCCAGGUCUGAUCUCACGUGAGCUGCAGCUGGCCCUCAGAGAGUUGGCCCAGGCUCGACAGGCUGGCCGAGAGCUUCGCUUCUACAAAGAGAAGAAGGAGAUCCUAAGCUUGGCUCUCAGUCAGGCCUCCACAGAGGAACUCCAGGCCUACUGUGAGGAGGAAAAAGAAGAGUGCUGGAGAAAAGGAGAAACUGCAUUGGCUUAUCUCACAUGUGGGGGCCACUGUCUGGAAACUAGUGUGACAGAUCCGUUAGAACACUGUGAGUUUUAUUACUUGGAGAGUGGGAGUGACAAAGAGUCAUUGGGCUAAAGUGUGUGUGUGUGUGUGUGUGUGUGUGUGUGUGUGUGUGUGUGUGUGUGUGUGUGUGUGUGUGUGUGUGUGUGUGUG